AUGUCGCUCAAGUCAGACCUCACCGUGGACGCGUCCAAGUUCGAGCGCAAGCUUGCAGACAAACAAACCGAGGAGUUCAAUGAGAAGCUGAUUAAGAUCUGGGCAGAUGGGCCAAGAUGGUAUGAAGUUGGCGCAGAAGAGUACCGUAGGCUUCGAUGGGAAGGCAAGACACCACUACCCAAGCCCGUUGUGCUGCCAGAGGGAAUCAACGGAACGAUACCGUCGCGCGAAGCCGGGCGCGAGAUCCCGUAUCGCGUGUUCAAGCCUGCGGGCGGCGUGAGCAAAGGCAUCCAUCUGCACAUCCACGGCGGAGGCUGGGUGCUGCAAUCCGAGCACUACCAGGACACUUAUCUCAAGUACAUGGCCGACCACUACGAGCUGACAGUCUUCUCGGUCGGCUACAGACUCGCGCCCGAGCACCCGUGGCCCGCAGGCGGAGAGGACUGCUACGACGCAGCGGAAUGGCUCUCCGCCGGCGGCCACCUCGCGUGCCUCGUAGCCUUCCACCUACUCGAAACAAAGCCCAGCUUCGCGUUCCGCGGGCUGCUGCUGCACUUUGGCUGCUACGACCUUUCGGGCUUCCUCCCGCACGUCGCGCACCACGAGAAGCACCUCGUGAUCGACCACGACGUCAUGUCCGCCUACAUCGCAGCGCUGCUGCCCAACACAACCAUGGAGCAGCGGCGCGACCCGUCCAUUUCGCCGUUCUUCAAGGACGUGCGCGGACUGAAUCUGCCGCCGGCGCUGUUCACGUGCGGCAGCGAGGAUCCGCUGCUCGAUGAUACAGUGUUUAUGGGCGCGAAGUGGAUGAUGUGGGGGAAUGAGGCGGUGGUCAAGAUUUAUAAUGGUGCCCCGCACGGGUUCAUUGGGAAUCCGGUUGGGACUAUUAGGAGUGUGGAGGAGGGGUUGCUGGAUAGCGUUGCGUUUGUGAAGGCGAAGAUGAAGAUGGGGCAGUGA